GUACGGUGUUUUAGUAGCGGACUGCAGGCCGCGCAGUUGAGACCCGAGAGGGAGAGAGCGAGCGAGCGAGAGAGGAGAGAGCCGCCCGCACCAACACCAAACACGACGUCUCUGGUGCUUGACAUUGCAGUGCAACGCCGCCGACAGUGCUGUUUUUUGAGGUGGAUUUUGGCCGUUUUGCUGGCGAAAUGGACCAACAUGGUGCUGCAGCCGGCCGCGACUGUUGAGCCCCCGCGCCAUGGAUUACCCCAACCGGACCAUGCUGCGGUGACAGUGCCCUCGAUUGCCGUUCUUUCGUCAGUGUAGAUUGUUAUUAGAUUGAAGCGGCCAUUUCACCUGCCUGCGGAGGUUGUGACCCUGUGGCCUCUCUGCAGCCCGUGGGAGUGUUAAAGCGCAUCAAUUACCGCGUGUGCGACUGACUGCCUUUUACACCUACGUGUCCCGGAACUCUCGAGGAUUGCAACCAACUGCAGCAGCGAGACAAUCAAGCAAGCGAGACAUGAUAAGUGGGCCGGCAGGAAUCGAGUGCAGUUCUGCUUCUUCUUUUUCUUCCUUCCAUUCCGUCGUCCCGGCCACCGCCUCUUUUAGUUUCGCCCUGUACCCCUCUGCGGAAAGUCCAGCAGAGGAAACCCUUGGUUCGAACUGAAAUGGCGGAAACUGCAGUCACCUCAGCCGCAGCACUACAUCUGAAUAACAACAGUCCGAACGCGACCAACAACAACCCGCACCCCACGUUCAAGAGCAGCAAAAAGCUGAAACGAAAAUGCCUGAAUCAGGUUGUUGACAAGCUGAGUAAAGUUGGCAAGCCGUCGCCGCCACACAGUCCGAACAACAACAACAACUACAAGUUGAACAACUACAAGAAGCUAAGUCUGCUGAAUCACCAUGACAACGAGGACCUAGUGAGCCGUCACAUGUAUCAGGACCUGAUCAAGAAGGAGAAGCUAAUAAUGAUGGCGCCGUCAACCGCCGAAAAGGACCUCAAGGCGGCAACCAAGAUCAGGAGCCCGCCCAGGAAGAACGAAAUCUUCCGUUUUGACAGCGUCGACAGAGACAAGUACUCGCAAAGUCAGUGCGGCAGAAUCGAGGAGGAGGAGCCGUCGGAAGACGUGUUCAGUCCGGCGUCGGCCAAGAGCUGCUCGUCGCCGCACACGUCUUCACCAGUGGUCAAGGAGGAGCCUGUGGACUCCAAGCACCACCUUCACCGCUACCCUGGCUGUGCGUGCGCCCACUGUACCCCGCUCGAGAUCAGUCCAAUGGACCGAUUUUUCCCGCUGGGCCUGAGUGGAGUCCCGGCAUCCCCGGUGUCGCCACUGGCACCGUGCACGCCCGGUGGCACGCUGCCCCUGACGCCGUCACCCAUCUACAACCUCGAGUACCUCCAUUCCAAGUACCUGCUCUCUGCGGAGUACUCCAAGAGACGCAGCCAUUCCGACUCGGACAUCCCCCUUUGGUUCGAGGGCGCGUCGCUGGCCAUCUCGCUGGCGGGGGACAGUGCAGCCGGCACCACCACGCUCUCGACCAGCAUCAGCGGAGGAGGCGGCGGUGGUGGUGGAGGUCGCAAGCCCCACCGCGGUCACCGUGGCUCCAAGCCCCCUCUCACCCUGCCCUCUAAGGGAGGAUCCCUCGAGUCCGAGUCGUCGCAGGACUCUCCGCUGGACCUGUCGGUUCGGGGCUCCUCGCGGUCCACGAGCACCUCCUCGUCGGACUCGGUGUUCCUGUCGCGUCUGCGCAACCCCCAUGCAGCCCCUCUGACGCCGCCCACGCCACCCCAGUCCGUGUCCACGGCCGAGUGUCCCUCGCCGAUGGCCUCGAUGACGCCGACGCCACCCCCGCCAGCCACGCCUACCUCCAUCCCCACUACCUCCGUGCCGACGACAACGACGGCGGCCACGUACCUGCCGCGUAGCCUGGUUCCUGUUCCGGUGGUGCGCGGAGACGUGGCCUCCCCCACCACCAAGGAGUCCGUGGCCGUGCGCUACAAUUUGGAGGUGUCACCCGUCGUGGAGGAGAUGCCACCGGGCUCGGACGUCGCCUACGUCUGUCCCAUCUGCGGUCAGAUGUUCAGUCUGCACGACCGGCUGGCCAAACACAUGGCCUCCAGACACAAGAGCAAGCAGCAGUCGGAGCAGACCACCAAGGCGUACCUGUGCGAAGUGUGCCAGCGGUCGUUCGCCAGGAGUGACAUGCUCACCAGGCACAUGCGCCUCCACACGGGCAUCAAGCCGUACACGUGUCGCGUGUGCGGACAGGUGUUCUCCAGAUCGGACCACCUGUCCACGCACCAGAGAACUCACACGGGCGAGAAGCCCUACCGGUGUCCGCAGUGUCCAUACGCGGCGUGCCGCAGGGACAUGAUCACCAGGCACAUGCGUACGCACGCGCGUUACGAGUCCAGCGGCGGACCCGGCCCAAACCCUGGCCUGCCCGACGGAACCAACAGCAGCAUCAGCGGCGGCUCACCGGCGCCACUGUCGCCCUCGCUGGCGCUCAGCUCGCUCUCGGUGCACUCGCCGUCGCCUAACUCGCCUCCGGAGCCCAUGGAGAACGACUGAACCAAAACUGACUCUUGAAUUUUUGACGAACCACACUCGCAGUUUUUCUCUCAUGCUCGCCAAAAUCCGCAAAGUCCAGUCGCGACGUACCGCUCCGGGAGCGUGCACUCACUUUUCUUUCCGUCUGUCACCUGCCCGCGUGUGAAUCGGACCUGUUCUCCCCCCAAAAGUUGCGUCACAGACUCGGUGACCCAGUAUUUCUGGACGACGUGCUGUCUGCUACCGACAUAAAAAAGCGGCAGGCGAUGUGAAAUUCUGCUCGGUUCCCAUGCGUUACUCGCCCCAGCAGCACUGCGAAUAAUUCAAUAUUUUUUCCUGCUCCCAGAGCGAUCGGUCGGCGUCUGGACGCUGCUGUGCUUGUCGCAAAAAAGAUUUUUUAAUGUAGCAACAACAAUGAAAAUAACAAAUCCCAAUAGGUGCCAAAUAUCGUCGUGGCCAGUCGAAACGGAACAUAAAAAUAGUUUUUUUUCUCCGAUUUGGAAAGUGCCAGUACACGUUUAGUUAGUGAAUCUCGUGAAAUGUUGCUCUCAAGAAGGCCAUUUUUCAUAAGUUAAUUACAAGAAUUUCAAAAAUUAGUAACAUGAGGUGUAUGGAAAAACCGACUUUCACUGGAUUCUAGUCUUGAUCACACGUACGCAUUAAUUAAAAUAAUACACCACACAGCACACACACACACACACACACUUACGCAAAUGCAAAUCCAUAUUCACUGUCCAUGUAAUUUAUUUGUAAAAUGAUAAAUUGAUAAGUCCAUUAAAUUAUUGCUUCAUGUACAGUUAGGGUUUGUAUAAAAAUUAGUUGUUGUUUUUUUCCGAUUUCAUUUCUCUCUUGGUAAUUAAUCGCCUGGAUUGCUGUUCGUUUUCCUCCUUCGCGUGUCAUCGCUGGCUGAUUUAUGAUUAUCACUCAAACAGGGCAUUAAUUAAAAUAAGCAAAUAAACUCUUACACUCUUGAACCUUUCUCUAGCUCUCUUUCUCACUCACACAAA